AUGCUACCCCUCGGUCUCUUAACGGCCGCGACGGGCCACCCUAUGCUAGUCGAACUGAAGAGCGGCGAGACGCUAAACGGCUUGCUGAUCAACUGCGAUACGUGGAUGAACCUUACAUUGAAGGAGGUGGUACAGACAAGCGCAGAUGGUGACAAGUUCUGGAGGUUACCGGAGAUAUACGUGCGCGGCAGUACAAUCAAGUACCUACGGGUCCCGGACGAGAUCGUGGAGGUAGUCAAGGAACAGCAGGCGAAGGACCAAGCGACGAGGGGUGGACGAGGCGGGAUGCACCCGCGGGGAGAGCACCGCGGGGAUCGCGGUGGCCGAGGCAUGCGUGGCCGCGGACGGGGGCGUGGAAGAGGCGGCGGUGGUGGAGGCGCUUGA